AUGGCGAAACACGUCGCCUCUGACUCGGAGGAUGAACUUGCUCACUCGCCCGCCAAACGUCUUCGUACGUCUUCGUCCUUACCUCGUAGUUCACCGCCUGAUUUGCCCUCGCUCCUUGACGGCGCGGACGAGCUUGUCGAGGUCGAGGGGGAGCAGCAGGACGAAGAAGUGGAGGGUGGUGAGAAGGGGAAAGGGGAAGCGGAGGAGGAAGAGGAGGACUUUAGUAUGGACGAGAAUUCGGAUGAGGAUGAGGAGGCGGUGAGGAGGAAGAACGAGUUCAAUGCCAAGAUGCAGGCCAGGUCUCGUGGUGAAGGCGUGAGUCGACCCAGUUCAGGCGAGACGCGUCGCAUCGCGUCGUCAGCUUGCGCACGGGCCGACGAAGCAGGAGCGUUGGCGUGGGCACUGAUGACUUGUUCACUCGGUACUUUCUCAUAGACCGUGGCUCAGAGGGGGAUCAUCGAACGCGUCGAGUUGCAGAACUUCAUGGUCAGUUUCUGCGGUCUGACCACGGUCUGGACUGACACGACGACGACGACGACGAGGACGAGGACGAGGACGAGCAGAUGACACUGACCCUGUACCUUUUCAUCGCCGGUCCAAACUCUCAAUGGUGACGAUCAACAGUGCCACAAACUCACGACGGUCGACUUUGGUCCGCAAAUCAACUUCCUCGUCGGCAACAACGGAUCGGGCAAAUCGGCCAUCCUCACCGGCAUCACCAUGGCGUUGGGUGGUAACGCGAGGGCGACCGUGAGUGGUGACGAGUAUGCCAUUGCGUUCCAGCAACGAGUGAAUGCUCACGCCCACUCUUGAUGCUGAACAGAAUCGAGCGACGAAAGGUUCAGGCCUGGUGAUGGAAGGCGCGACCGUGGCCAAGUGCUCGGUCAAGCUUCGUAACCGUGGUCCCGAAGCGUACCAGCACCACGUCUACGGCGACUCGAUCACGAUCGAACGUACUUUGCGUCUCAACGGUGGUGGUUCGUACAAGAUCUUCAAUGCCGAAGGAGGUCUCGUGGAUGAUAAUAGGGCGACGCUGGAUUCGAUUCGUUAGUUUCACCUCGCGGCUAGAUGACAAAUCUCGUUCUCUGGAGCUGAUCCCUCUCGCCACACCCGCAGUCGACGCCUUCAACAUCCAAGUCGAGAACCCCAUGACGGUCCUGACCCAAGACCAGUCCCGUCAAUUCCUCGCUUCGGCCUCGGCUCAACAAAAGUACAACUUCUUCCUCAAGGGGACCCAACUCGCGCAAUUGACCGAAGAGUACGAGACGAUCCAAACCAACACUCAAACGAUGCAAGCCGCGGUCGACAAGAAGCAAGAGAUGAUCCCCGAUCUCAAGGACGCUUAUAAGCGCGCCAAGGAACGCGCCAAGGAUGCUGAGGCUGCCGUUGGACAGCAGGACAAGUUGGAGCAGUUGAAGAACCGAUUGGCGUGGUGCGGCGUCGAUGAGGCCGAGGUGAAUAUCGGUAAAGGGGAGGAAAUGUUGCACAAGGAGGAAGAGACGGUGAACAAGAUUACGAGCAGGUUGCAGGAGUUUGAAGCCAACAAGGCGACAGCUGAUGCGACCAUUGCGGAUUGCGAAGAGGCGCAAAAGGAGACGCAGUUGGAGAAGGACGAGAAGGAACCGGUCUUGCAGAGGCUCAAGGACAGGAUUGCGGCUACGCGAGAGAAGGCCAAGGAGUGGGCUGUGAGUUGUUGAGUUGGGAUAGAUGGUGGUCCAGGGCUUUGCCUUUGAAGAGCGACGCAGUCUGCUGACGACGACUCCUCCACGCGGCAACAGCAAACGAACCGAACGGUCAACGCUACCACUGAGCGCCAGCGAGCCCAAAUCGCUGAUUACGAUCGAAAGAUCGCCGAGGAGAAGAAGCGACUCGAAGUCGACAUCGAGGCCUUGCAACGACCCAUUCGCGAAAAGAUCAACAAACUUGAGGAAGAGAACCUCGAGCGCGCGCAGGUCAUUUCCACUUCGACGCAAGAGUUGGAAGAGCUUGAAGCCGAUCGAAUGCGUUUGGUUGGCGAUAUGGAUGAUGUCAAGAUGAAGAUGAGGGCUGUGAAUGACGAUGUUGAGAAGAUCAAGGGACGCAUCCGAAAUAUACAGGCCUCCAAGGGCAAUACCAUGCUCGCGUACGGGCAGGCCAUUCCUGGGUUGCUCAGGGCGAUCGACAGCGAUCGAGGAUGGAACCAGAAGCCGUUGGGUCCGAUGGGACGUUACAUCGAGCUCGUCGAUCACAAGUGGAGCGCACUCAUCGAAGCGGUGGGAGCUAAUACCUUCAAUGGCUUCGUCGUCUCGAACGAGGAGGACCGCAAGCGCUUGUUCAACUUGUUCAGGCAGCACCGAAUGUGAGAAAAAGGGCACUUUGCGCCGACGUCGUGGAUGGCGGCAGUUGCUGACGGUCGCGAUUGCUUCGUCCUUACAGUAAUAACAAGGUCCCGAUCAUCAAACUUGCUUACGACCCAUCGUUUGACUGCUCGGCUUCCGAGCCUGACAGAGACGUCUUGACCGUCUUGCGCGCACUCAAGGUGGGUCCGGAGAUUAGGUGGUGCAUCCUCGAGCACCGUUAGGGCUGACUGACUGAAGGGUUCUGCCCCAUCAUCCCACAGUUCUCAAACGAACACGUCAGGCAAGCCUUCAUCAACGCGAUUCAACCCGAGAACGCGGCACUUGUCAUAACCCGUCCCGAGGGUGAUGAUAUCCUUGACAUGCGCAAGCGAAACGUUCGCACGGCCUUUAGUCGCGACAUGUUUCAAAUUCUCCGAUCAAAGUAAGUCCCCACGCUCGUCGAGGGAGGAAAAGACACUACUUGCUCGAAGCUGAUCAUAUUGCACCUUCUGUUUGAACCGCAGCGAAAACCGGGCUAUAAGUCGAGCUGUUGAUGCGUGGAAAGGCGCAGCUCGCAUCAGCCCCAACGUCGAGGAUCAAAUCCAACAUCACCAAAACGAGCUCAGACGGGUCCAAGGUCAUUUCAACGAGUUCGAGGCGCAGAGUAAGGCGAUCAAUGGACAGUUGGUGGCGAUCCAUCGCCAGAAGGACAUCUUGGACCGCCGUCGUUCGAAUGAGAAACAGAGCAUGACCAAGACGAACCGGGAUAUCGAGAAGGAGCGACAGAAGUUGCAGGAAAAGGAACCGAGCAAUAUUGGGGGUUUGGAGGAGUUGAGGGAGGCGUGCCAGGAUGAACUGGAUACGACCUUGGCGCAAUUUGAGGAUGCGAAGCGAUUGCAUGAGGCGGCCAUGGCAGAGGAGAAUGGCACGGAGGCCGUGGAGCAGACGCGACUGGUUGAAGAGGAGAUCAAGAAGGUCGACAAGUUGCUCAAGUCGAUCAUGGUCAGUCUGUCACGGAUCUCUCCUUUUCUUUUGUCGGUUGCUCAUUCGUUGGGACUUGGGGCGUCUCGUAGGAACAACUCAACAGAGCUAUCAAGGAUCGCGUCAACGCCGAGAUGGCGAUCAAUCAAUACAAUACCAGGUUGGCGACUCAGGAACAAAAGAUCGAUGACCUGCGCGCCAGUGUCGAGCGCGAACGCGAGAAGCUAGCAGUGAGUCACCACAGGUUACUUAUUCUACAAUCUUUGCGAGUUUUGCCUGACUGACAUAAGCACUUCAUCUUUGCAGCAUCUCACGGAACAAGCUCUCGAGAUUUGCGAUCGUCCACAAGGUGGUCAGAGGCAGACCGAAGCGCAACUGAGGAAGCAAAUCGACUCGCUGCAAAAAGCGUUGAAGAACCGCGAGCGCCAACAAGGCGCCACGAUCGAAGAGAUCCUGACCGAGCUUUCGAACCGCAAGAACGUGCUCGUCGAAGCUAAAGCGACCGUCGCUUCGUUGAACGUCCUCGUCAAAGCUUUGACCUCGGCAUACCAAACUCGUGUGGCGCGUUGGACCGAUUUCCGUGAUCAGAUCUCUGCUCGUGCGAAGCUGCAGUUCAUGCACCAUCUCAGUGCCCGAGGCUUUACGGGUAAACUCCAAUUCGACCACAACCACAUGCGUCUCAACUUGCGCGUUCAGACGGAAGGUGGGGUGAAGCGUAAUCGGAGCAAGCAGAAGGAUGCCAAGAGUCUUUCGGGUGGGGAGAAGAGUUUCUCGACGAUUUGUUUGUUGUUGACCAUGUGGGAGGCGGUGGGGUGCCCUUUGAGGUGUUUGGAUGAGUUUGAUGUCUUUAUGGUGCGUUUACAUAUUUCUACACGUGGGAUUGACCUCGUCGCUAGGACAGUCGCUGACUUUCUACGCUCGCUCUCGUUCGUUCUCAGGACGCGGUCAACCGCCGCAUCUCGAUGAAGAUGAUGGUCGACACGGCCAAAGCGACUGACGAAGUGCAGUUCAUUCUCAUCACUCCUCAAAGCAUGUCUGGUUCGACGUAUGGUCCCGAAGUGAGGAUCACCAAGUUGGGCGACCCGAAUCGUAGUCAGGGACGAUUGGCGUUUGGAACGGGGUGA